AAUCUGCAAUAACCUACUUUUAACACUGCGCCUCGAUAAUGUUGGUUGGAGGUGAAGAUUACCGAGCAGUCGGAGAGAAAAGAACCGCAAAACAACAACCGGACAAAGAAGGAAAUGACGGAAAUGUUUAAGGGAAUGUUACUGAGUCUUUAUUGGGAGACUGAACAGAGGCAGUGAUACAUAUUAGUGGUGUUUUGUGUUUGUUUUUAUCACACGGUGAUGUUACAGGGAUGAAGUUUACAGAGUUCAGUGCUGCUUUUUUUUCUUCCCCCUUCAUUGUUCCUCACGUGUGAAGAGACAGAAGACUGAGAUUUCAGUGCAUUUUGCAGAAUGCUCAUGUCAGGAGGGAGAGCAGAAGUCGUCCAUGAGUGAGCUGUGCUUCAUCAUCUGCUCACUAGCUGACCUUCACCAGCAUCCUCUCGAUAUUCUUCUCUCCACUGUUUCAAACCAAUGCUCCAUUUUCUGGAUCAUGGGAUGCGUCAAGUCCAAGUGCAGCAAGCCCGCUCAGAACUCCAGCACGGCGGAGAAGGCGGACGGAAAGCCCGGGAUGAAGCACGGCGAGAAUGCUUCCCUGAUGUAUUCGGAAGCAGGUUCGGACCAGGACACGUCUCAGGUCAACCCUGUCCUUCUGGACUAUGCACAGAGACUCUCGGAGGAGAUCGUGGCUCGGGCAGUGCAGCAAUGGGCCGAGGUGGACAGUCGCUACAGUGACAUCCCAUACAUCGAGUGUGACGUGCCGUGAGGGCCAUCUCAUCACCAGUGCUUUACCGAGGUCCAGGAGCGCAGCUCGGCCUGAUGGAGGCCGGCGAUUUCUUGAGGACUUGCAGAAGAACUUCAGUGUUCGGAUACCUUUUGUAAGUGUUUAAUGUUCGUGUGGGAAGCAGCACUGUGGCAGCAUCGAGGCUUUUCUGUCUGUAAAAGCACAAACGUACAAAAUAAGUGCUAUCAAAGCAUCCGAACGCUUCGCAAGUUUUUUUUUUGUUUUAAUUUUUACUUAAUCACUGAGAUGAGUCAUAUCCAUAGCCUGAAUGUGUACAGGGCAGAAGCCAAGAGCAAUGUCCAGAGUCCAAAAUGGCAUCGAUCCCAGAGAUGCUAUAAAUAAGCCUAGAUCCCAUGAUCUCUGCGUUCGCUCGGAUCAACAAACGUCUCUGGUGUUUGUAUUUCUGAGGGAAGUUUGUGGGUUUUCCAAACUAAACCACUUUGUCUUUAGUUUUUUUUUUUUUAAAGAAUACGUGUUAAACUUUAUGAGCUCCCAAUAAAAUCUUGCCCACAUUCUAACCAUUUAA